CCUGCCGCUCGCGCUGGAACAAGUGCAUAGCUACACGUUGGAACACGCACGUGUGGGCGGGGUGGGCGCUGGCGAGGAGGCUGGCGAAGGGGCGGGCGAGGGUUCAUGGCGCAGCGAGUGGGUGUCGGGCAAUGCGCGGGCGCACGCGCUGCGCCGGCUGGCUUGCGGCGCGCGCUACCGCGUACGUAUGUCGGCGCUGGGGCCCGCCGGCACCUCGCCACCUAGCGCUGAACUCAUCGCUGGCACUAGCGGCGGACCUUCAAAAGCGGCACUCGAAAAGCACCUAUUUACCAGCAACAGUAGUUGCGUGCGACUGAACCUACUGACGUGGGACAGCAACGGCUGCCCCAUUACACACUUCGUCAUAUCCGUUAAAGGUUUCGAGGAAUCCCAGUGGCGCACGGAGAGCGUAUCGCUGGAGGGCUGCCCUCGCGGUGUGCACGCAGUGUGCGCGCUGGCACCGG